UCCCCCUGUUCUCAAGGCACCUUGAUGGAGCUGGGAAUAUCUCCCAUCGUCACCUCCGGCCUCAUCAUGCAGCUCCUGGCCGGAGCCAAGAUCAUUGAAGUCGGCGACACCCCCAAAGACCGAGCUCUCUUCAACGGCGCCCAAAAGCUGUUCGGCAUGAUCAUCACCAUUGGCCAGUCCAUCGUGUACGUGAUGACGGGAAUGUACGGGGACCCUUCGGAGAUGGGCGCUGGCAUCUGCCUGCUGAUCACCAUCCAGCUUUUUGUUGCUGGCCUAAUUGUCCUGCUUUUGGAUGAACUCCUGCAAAAAGGGUACGGCCUGGGCUCUGGGAUCUCGCUCUUCAUUGCCACCAACAUCUGCGAGACCAUCGUGUGGAAGGCGUUUAGCCCCACGACCGUCAACACCGGCCGAGGGAUGGAGUUCGAAGGCGCCAUCAUCGCGCUGUUCCACCUCCUGGCCACGCGCACCGACAAAGUCCGAGCCCUGCGCGAGGCCUUCUACCGCCAGAACCUGCCCAACCUCAUGAACCUCAUCGCCACCAUCUUCGUCUUCGCGGUCGUCAUCUAUUUCCAGGGCUUCCGGGUGGACCUGCCCAUCAAGUCUGCGCGCUACCGCGGCCAGUACAACACCUACCCCAUCAAGCUCUUCUACACGUCGAACAUCCCCAUCAUCCUGCAGUCGGCGCUGGUGUCCAACCUCUACGUCAUCUCCCAGAUGCUGUCCGCGCGCUUCAGCGGCAACCUGCUGGUCAGCCUGCUGGGCACCUGGUCGGACACUUCCUCCGGGGGCCCGGCGCGCGCUUACCCGGUGGGUGGCCUUUGCUACUACCUGUCUCCGCCGGAGUCGUUCGGCUCGGUGCUGGAGGACCCCGUGCACGCGCUCGUGUACAUCGUGUUCAUGCUGGGCUCCUGCGCGUUCUUCUCCAAGACGUGGAUCGAGGUCUCGGGCUCCUCCGCCAAAGACGUCGCCAAGCAGCUCAAGGAGCAGCAGAUGGUGAUGAGAGGCCACCGGGAGACGUCCAUGGUCCACGAGCUCAACCGGUACAUCCCCACGGCCGCGGCCUUCGGCGGGCUGUGCAUCGGGGCGCUCUCGGUGCUGGCGGACUUCCUGGGCGCCAUCGGGUCGGGGACCGGCAUCCUGCUGGCCGUGACCAUCAUCUACCAGUACUUCGAGAUCUUCGUGAAGGAGCAGAGCGAGGUCGGCAGCGUGGGCGCCUUGCUCUUCUGAGCCGGGCGAGGGGCCGGGCGCGGGCACCUGUUCCCGGACCGCCCGGCGCGGGG